AUGACAUUAGCUACAGCAUUUGCAGAAACUACUCGUUAUUCAACAUCAAGUCCUGAUUUGAAAAAAAGAGUAUUGCAUUUGUAUAGAAGAUUUAUUCGUAAUUCAAAAAAUUUUGGUGAUUUAUAUGAAUUAGAUAUGCCUACAUCAGUUAUUAAAACUAAAAUUAGACAAGAAUUUGAAAGACAAAGAUUUAUUAAUGAUAUUAAUAUUACAAAUGUUUUGUAUAUGAAAGGUCAAAUGGAAUUUCAAGAAUUGAUUAAUUUUUGGAAACAACAAUGUCAUGUUAUGAGAUAUUUUGAUGAUCAAAAUGCUUAUAAUCAAGUUGAUAAAAAUGAUUUUAUAAAAAAUUUCCUUAGGGGUAAUUAA